AUGUCAAAGCAAGCUCUUCGAAUCUUCGAUACUCAUCACCCCACCACCAUUCUCAACUCCCUUCAUACAACUACAACUUCUCUUUCACAAACACGCCAAGCUCAUGCCCAGCUCCUCCGAACUGGUCUUUUUCUCGACACCCAUUUCACCACAAAGCUCCUCUCUCUCUACGCCAAUCAUCUCCGCUUCUCAGACGCCAACCUCCUCAUUAACUCUAUCGAAAACCCAGAUGUCUUCUCAUUCUCCACCCUCAUUCACACUUACUCCAAGCACGGUCGUUUCAGUGAUACCAUUAUGUUAUUCUCUCGCAUGCUAUCUCAUGGGGUAUUGCCUGAUACCCGUGUCAUUCCUUCUGUCGUUAAAGCUUGUAGCGGGUCAAACAAUUUGACAGGUGGGAAACAGGUUCAUGGGUUUUGUAUAACUUCUGGACUUUGUCAAGAUCCGUUUGUUCAAUCUUCUCUGAUUCAUUUCUACGUAAAAUGUUCUCAGCUGAUAUAUGCACACAAACUGUUUGACGUAAUGACUCAACCUGAUGUUGUCUCGUGUAGUGCUUUGGUUUCCGGUUAUGCUCGACAAGGGUACGUGAAGGAAGCCAAGAUGGUGUUUGGUAGGAUGGAGGAGCUAGGAAUUGAGCCGAAUCCAGUUUCAUGGAAUGGAAUGGUAGCAGGGUUUAAUCAGAGUGGACAUUAUUUAGACGCAGUGAUGAUGUUUCAGAAGAUGCACUCGUUUGGUUUCAAACCAGAUGGAACAACCAUAUCUAGUGUUCUUCCUGCUGUUAGCGACCUGGAAUACUCUUUAGUGGGAGUUCAAAUCCACGGGUAUGCAAUCAAACAAGGUUUUGAAUCCGAUAAUUGCAUUGUCAGUGCUUUGAUCGACAUGUAUGGGAAAUGUCACUCCACCAUGGAGAUGUCACAGGUGUUCGAUGAAAUGCCUGAGAGAGAUGUUGGUGCUUGUAACGCUUUAAUUUCAGGGUUUGCUAGAAACGGGUUAACCGAUGAGGCACUCAAAGCGUUCAACAAAUUACAUGAUCAAGAAUUGGAAUUAAACGUUGUGUCAUGGACUUCAAUCAUAUCUUGUUGCUCACAACAUGGAAAAGACAUUGAUGCCCUUAAUCUAUUCAGACAGAUGCAAGAUUCGGGGGUAAAACCGAAUUAUGUCACAAUCCCUUGCUUACUUCCCGCAUGUGGAAACAUUGCAGCAUUAAGUCACGGGAAAUCCGCACAUGGGUUCUCACUUAAAACCGGGAUUUCAAAUAAUGUUUAUGUUGGAACUGCUUUAAUCGAUAUGUAUGCUAACUGUGGAAGAAUCAAAUUAGCGCGUGUUUUUUUCGAUCGAAUGUCCGUUCGCAAUAUCGCGUGUUGGAACGCAAUAAUGGGUGGGUAUGCGAUGCACGGGAACGCUACCCAAGUUCUUGAAAUAUUCAAAUUAAUGGAAAAAAGCGAUCAAAAACCCGACUCUAUUACUUUCACUUCUUUACUAUCGGCGUGUAGUCAUAGCGGUUUCACUUCUCAAGGUCAACAUUACUUUGACCGAAUGACAAAAGAUUAUGAAAUAAAACCGAGAAUCGAGCAUUACGCGUGUUUGGUCACGCUUUUAGGACGUACGGGGAAAAUACUAGACGCGUAUUCGAUAAUUACAAAAAUGCCAUUUGAGCCCGAUGGUUGUGUAUGGGGAGCUUUACUUAGUUCAUGUAGAGUUCAUCAUAAUAUGGAAAUCGGUAAAUUGGCUGCUGAUAAAUUAUUCGAAUUGGAACCGAAUAAUCCCGGGAAUUAUGUUUUGUUAUCGAAUAUUUACGCGUCUAAAGGGUUAUGGAAAGAAGUUGAUAAAGUUAGGGAUUUGAUGAAAUCAAAGGGAAUGAGAAAGAAUCCGGGGUGUAGUUGGAUUGAGAUCAAGAACAAGGUUCAUAUGCUUUUAGCAGGUGAUCAAUCACAUCCUCAAAUGAUUCACAUUUUAGAAAAAAUGGAGAAUUUGGGUAUGGAAAUGAAGAAAUUAGGGUGUUUGCCAGUUACUUCGUUUGUAUUACAAGAUGUUGAAGAUCAAGAAAAGGAGCAUAUUUUGUGUGGACAUAGUGAAAAAUUGGCUGUGGUUCUUGGGAUUUUGAAUACUUCACGAGGUUCUACUCUUCAAGUGAUUAAAAACCUUAGGAUUUGUGGGGAUUGUCAUGUUUUUAUGAAAUUUAUAUCGAGGUUUGAAGAACGGGAGAUAUUUGUUAGGGACACGAAUCGGUUUCAUCAUUUUAAAGAUGGAUUAUGUUCAUGUGGAGAUUAUUGGUGA